CCUUCGGCCAAAAAAAAAAAAACCUAAGAACUGCAAUAAUAUAUUAAUAUGACUUAAAAGUAACUGAGCAAAAUAACGUGGUAUGGGCUGGAUUUAUUGACUUCUGACUCUGAGACGCGGUCUGGCUAUAUACGCAAAGAAACACGCAAUCACGUCCAUACGUUUCAAAUGCCAGUAUGUUAGAUGAACUGAUUUAAUGCACGUGCAAUAAAUGAGAUUGACCUAAAAGCGCGCACACAGAGAGAGAGAGAGACUGUACAUAAAGGAAGGCAACAGGGAACCCAAAAUGAGAGAUUUGAGGUGGAGGAAAAAUCACCGGUGCAAUCCCCAAUCAUAUGAACGUGUAGAGAAUAAAGAGCAAAAAGCAACGAAGCAGGUGCAAUGGUUGCAGUACGUGGCAGUGAGAGACUGUCGGAAGUGUUUGGGGUGGUGAUGAUUGUACUGUUAUCAUCAUCAGUGCUAUGGUGGAAAACGGAGGGGGUGGUGAAGCUGCCGGAAAAUGCGACGGUACCGGCGGUGUUGGUGGUCGGAGAUUCCAUAAUGGACACAGGGAACAAUAACUACAACCCGACGACGUUGGCUCGAUGCAAUUACAGGCCCUAUGGCAAGGACUUCGAAGGAGGCAUCCCCACCGGUCGGUUCGGCAACGGAAAAGUUCCCUCCGAUCUCAUUGUGGAAGAAUUGGGAAUCAAGCAACUGCUGCCAGCAUAUUUGGAUCCGAAUCUGCAACCUCAGGAUCUGCCCACAGGCGUGUGUUUUGCAUCGGGUGGCUGCGGAUAUGAUCCUUUGACCUCCAAAUUAGCCUCAGCUAUAUCGCUGUCUGAUCAAGUAGAAUUGCUUCGACAAUACAAGCAGAGGCUAAAAGCACUUGUUGGAGAAGACAGAAGCGAUUUCAUCAUAUCGAACAGCUUCGUUUUCGUGGUAGCAGGCAGUAAUGACAUUUCCAACACUUACUUCCUCUCUCACGCUAGACAAGUCCAGUAUGAUGUCCCUACUUACACUGAUCUUAUGGUCACUUCUGCUUCUGACUUAGUAAAGGAUUUAUACGAAGUGGGUGUAAGAAAAGUUGGAGUGUUCAGUGCGCCGCCAAUAGGGUGUGUUCCAUCUCAGAGAACAUUAGCUGGAGGAGUAGAAAGAAACUGUGUAGACACAUACAACGAGGCAGCGGAGUUGUUUAACUCCAAGCUCUCCAAAGAGAUGGCUUCCCUUAAUAGCCAAUUGCCCAGCAGCAGAAUUGUUUACAUUGAUGUUUACAGCCCUCUGCUUGAUUUAAUCGUCAACUACCGGCAAUAUGGGUUCAAAGUUGGGGACCGCGGAUGUUGUGGCACAGGCAAAAUAGAGGUAGCAGAGUUGUGCAAUCAUCUCCAACAGACAUGCGCCGAUGAUUCAGAAUAUGUGUUUUGGGAUAGUUUUCAUCCAACUGAAACUGCUUACAGAAAACUUAUCCGUCCCCUCCUUACUAAAUAUCUCCACCAAUUCUUCUGACCCAAUUUCUCAGGAUGAUAUUAGUGCCCAUACCAUUAUCUUCAUCGCUUAUAUAAUUUACAUAGCAGAAUUACGUCAACAGCCAGAAGACAUAAGAUCAUAUGGAGUUAUAAGGGUGAUCAUUUUCACUGUGAUAUCAUAGGGUGGCUUUAAUUGUCUCUCUAGUGUCCUCUUUUUGUUUAUUUAUCCUUAUUUGUUGAAGAUUUUCAACA